AUGAGUGAUAGUUCAAACUUGAAUCUGGAUGAGUAUGAGAUCGUUACCAAUUUCAAGUUGGUCAAAAUUCUUUCCAAAGGGCCUCUUGGAAAUACCGCAUUAUUGUGUGACAAUAAAGGAACAUGUGUUGUCAGGAAAAGAUUUAAUAUUAGUCUAAUAACAAACACUGAAACCAAAUUGUGUUUGAAUGAAAUAGAUAUUAUUUCAAAAAUGAGCCAUCCUUUCAUUGUAAAGUAUAUUUGCAGCUACGUUGAGGGCAAAUAUUUGUCCAUUAUAACUGAUUAUUGCAGAGGCGGAGACCUCCAUAAGUACAUUUUAAACAGAAAUAGCAAGAAUAAACCCAUUGAGGAGGAAAGGAUCCUCAUUUGGCUAACACAGAUAUUAUCGGCCUUAAAGUUUCUUCACAAAAAUCACAUACUUCACAGAGACUUAAAGACUCUGAACAUUCUAAUCGAUUCUAAUAAGGAUUUAAAGAUUUGCGAUUUUGGUGUUAGCAAAGCACUCAACAGGACUUCGGACAAUACUGGUACCCUUAUUGGUACCCCUUAUUACUUCAGUCCAGAACUUGUAAAUGGUUAUAAAUAUGGGUUUCCUUCCGAUAUUUGGGCUGUUGGCUGCAUUUUAUAUGAGCUUUGCACCUUCAGAACCCCUUUUCAUGGUGCCAAGGGGAUUGUCGAGUUAACUAGACUGAUAAACGAAAAUGAAGUUCCUAAUUUGCCUCUCUCAUAUUCGCCAGAACUUAACAGUCUGUACAAAUCAAUGAUGAUAAAGGACCAUAGGUAUAGGCUCACUGCCACAGAGUUGUUAUCGACUGAGAUAUUACAGCUGUAUCAGAUACUUGGGAAUUGGGAGUGUAAGUCGACGAAAAGUGUGAGAAAAUCAAAAAGGACCUUAUAUGUAAUAAAAAUAAAGUAA